CGCGAAGUUACCAUUUUCAUCAUAUAGACUAUAUAUACAGCCCUGAGACAUACUACAGUCAGUUAGAUUCCACUUUUGGUAACGAAAUAUUCAGCUCACAUCAAAAUGAUCAAGUACCUCACACUUUUCGCUGUUGUCAGUCAGGUGUUGGCCCGUCCUGGUAUGGGUGGUAUGGGAGGCAUGGGUAUGAACCCAUGGAUGUCCCAAUGGAUGGCCCCUGGUAGUGCUGUUCCUCCAUGGGGUCAAUGGAUGAUGCCACCAGCAGCCGCCCCUGCUGCACCAGCUGCACCAGCUGCCCCUGCACCAGCACCAGCUCCUCUACCUCCUUUUGGUAAAGGUGGUAUGGCCAUUGGAGCGAUGAACAAGCAGCUUGGUAUGACCAAUGCCAUCAUUGGCAGCAAAUGCAAGGCAGCUGAAGAUGAAGUCAAAGCCCAACUUGAUAUCCUAAAAUCAACCGCUUUACUAGUACCCGCUGAUCCCUGUGGUGCUGCUGCUGAAGCCGCCGCCACUGAUAUCGAGAACCAAUUGACGACUGCAUUUGACGCUUGCAAGAUGAAGGAUGAGAUGAUGCAAGUGCGUAUGCAGAGUCUGCAGUUCAAGCAGCAGAUGACCGUCUUCAAAAUGGCGAAGAAAGCCUGCAAAGCUAGUUUAGAUCCAGUGACUUGCAUGAGUGAUGCCACUGCUGCUGCUGGUGGAGAAGCACCCACCGCCACUGUUGGACAGACUUUGGUUGAUUUAAAUACCAAGUCGGAUGAAUGCAUUGCUGAUACCAAGGAGUCUUUGUUGACCCAGAUUGAGAAUGCUCACGACGAACUCCUUGUUUGUUGAAUUUGUUAAAUUAUAGAAUUGUUGAAUUGUUAUUGUUAAAUGAAGAAUGUUGAUUUUAAGAUCUAGUAGGUGAAUUAAAGGAACGAAGAGCAUUUAUAUUUAUUUGUAAUUUAUUUUGAAACAUUGAUUUUAAUAAAUAUUAUGUGAUUUUUAA